AUGGCCCUGGUUCGUGACCCCGCCUUCUGGCGUCGCUUCUCGCGCGCCAUUCACAUGGACGAGGAAGCAAAGUCUUCGGAGAAUAAAGACGGAACUUAUAACUCGGAUACAUGGAUCCAAAACCAACGACGAAAAAGCCGUCGUUCGAUAAUCUGCGGCGUGGUUCUCGUCGUCCUGGUCGGCUUGCUGAUUGCCGCCGUGGCCGUUGUUCUGUGGUACUUCAUAUCUCAUGAUUGGCUGCGCGACCAUAAAGAUGAGGACGGAGAUACAUCUUCGUAG